AUGAGACAAAAACAAGAAAAAGACACGAUGGAAAGUAUUGAGGAUGAAUUCGAGGAGGUGGAACCCGAGCCUCCUCCGGCAGCCGUACGGAGAAAGGUAUCAUUCGCCGAUGCCUUCGGUCUGGACCUGGUCUCUGUGAAGGAGUUCGACCAUCGGGAUUCAUCAGUGUCGGAUGAUUUGGUGGCAUUAGUGAGAGCAGAACGCAAAGUAGGUGAAGAAUUCUACCUGUCGUGUCUCUUCGCUCCUCCAGCUUCUGACCACGAGCUGAAGACGAGACUUCAGGAACAGACGUUGGAGCUGGAGAGCAUCGAGCUGCUCCCCGGAUCCACCACUAUCCGGGGAAUCAUCCGUGUUCUCAACCUCUGCUUUCACAAGGCCGUCUAUGUGCACACCAGUCUGGACGGUUGGCAGAGCCACUUCGACCUGCUGGCGGAGUACGUGCCCGGGUCCAGCGACGGAGAGACGGACCGAUUCUCCUUCUGGCUCAUGUUGACGCCUCCUCUGGAGGCCGAAGGGACACGGGUGGAGUUCUGCCUGCGGUACGAGAGCGCCGUGGGAACCUUCUGGGCCAACAACAGAGGGAUGAACUAUGUUCUCUUCUGCCACCAGAGACGGAGGACUGAUGCCAAAGAGAAAGGGAAAGAGGAGGAGAGAGACAAAGACAAGUUGUCAGAGGAGAAUAACCACAGAGGAAUCAGGAGCUGCCUUAAGACAAUCAGUAAAAAGAUCUGUAUGGAGGAGUCGCCUACAGGGACGAAUGGAGAGAUCUCAGAUCAAAUCACACAGUGGGUUGGGAGUAAUAAGGAGGGCAUGGGGGACAAAGAUUCAGAAUUGACAUCACCCAAAUCUCUUCUGGACUGUUGCAGACCUCUGGAGGAUCGCCGGAGGAAACGUCGAGCUGCCCUAUUGGCUUGUGCGCAGCACUAUUUCUCUCAGAAAGAGAUGGAACCUCAGAUUGUUGAUAUUGGUAAAAGUACAACAGAUUGGUCAAGUGUACCGAAUAAAGACAACCAACAAGGAGACAGUAUGGACACGCCCCCUAUAAUAAUGCAUAAUCAAAUUCCUUUGCUUUCUCUGGACUGGGGUGGGAACACAACAUCAUCCACCCGUGCAAAACCAAACGAUGUGUGCAAUGGAAUAAGCGUGGCGAAUGAUGCAGAUGAAGAUCAAACCAAAUCUGCUUGUGAGGCCUGGGACGAUUUUCUGAGCGCCACUGAUACAACAACUGCUCGAGAUGACAUGCAGGACCAAGAGCGUAUUUCUAACGUUGGCCAAUCGGAAUCAAACAUCGGCGUAACACCAUCGGAUGGAGAAGAGCUUUCAAACGUGCACAUGGGGGUUGAAAAAGAGACGUGUCAAUCCGGUCGUAAAGGAUCGGUUGAUUCAAGCCCCACACUUCACUCUACAGAGACGCCGAAGUACUCCGGUUCUGCCCCCUCUACAUGGCAAGAUCCAGAUAAACAGCUUUGGGAAGAGCCAAGGGUCAAGCUUACAACACGUUCAGAUCAUGGAUGGGAGCCAGAGGAGUCGGAGUCUGGCAACAGCAAAGAGAUUUCCUCAGGCCCGAGGGAGGAGGCGGAAAAUGCACUCGAAACCACGACUCCGAAUUCCAAAGGCGGAGAUGGAAUCUCACCUGACACCUCAAAGGUUAAAGAAAACACACACGGAGUGGUCGGCGACACCCUGACAUUUACAGGGAUCAGAGACGAGCCGCUUGCUGAUAGACAGACGGAGGGGUCUUCAGAAAAGGAGGAUCUAAAUAAAGCCAGCGGGCUCGAGAAGAAAGACAGCGGGGAGACGAGAACGAUUCGAAAAGUACAAGACGAACCAGUAGAUCAGAGUAUGAGAUCGUGGCUCGAGACCUUGUUAUUUCAUGAGAGUGAUUCAUGCACAUCGAACACAAAACACAGUUCAGAACAGAAAGACGAAGAGAGACGUUUCGAGCCCGUUCGUGAAAAUCAGGGCUUGGAAGCUGAAGACGAUCUCCACACAUUACCCAUAAUUCAUCUGUCUUUGAUGGGCGGCGACAGCAGGAUGUUGUCAUGGUGGGGGGACGUCUGGUCUUUGGGUCAUGUGACAAGAGCUCUUGUGUAUUCUGUUGUUCUGUUGAUGGUCUUUGUAACCGCUUAUCUGUGAGAUCUUCCGACCUGUUUGGCCGUCUAUCUGUUAAUGUUGUGCUUGUGGUACAGUCAGGGUGUGAAGCAACGUCUGGAUGGGGUUAUCCAUGUGGACUGAUGCGGAUGCGACAGUCUAGUCAAAUGAUGUCAUGUGAAGGGAUCAGAUUUUAAAAGCACUCUGUCGCUUUUCAAGUGUGCGCAAAUAAAACUUGCUUAAAGUACAUUCAAAGUUGAAUCAUAGGUCAUAGAAGUACUAAAUGUUUUGUCGUGUUUUCAGCCUCAUGUAAUCGCUGGUUUUAAAUGAGACAUUUUAAUUUUGUGCUAUUAAAGAAAUGACAAAAAGGAAAAUACUUGUGGAAAACAGCUGUUGGUUUGACAUAAAUGAUAUAAAGGGAUAAUUCACCCCAACAUAAAAAAAACAUUAUUCCCUCACACUCACGGCAAACGUUUAGACUCGCUUUCAUCUACAGAACACAGAAGAAGAUAUUUUGAAGAACGUUGGUAACCGAACAACAUCGUUCCCCACUGACUUCCAUUGUAUGGACACAAAACCACCAUUUCUCACAAUAUCUUCUUUUGUGUCAUAUACAGGUUGUGAAUGACAUGAGAGUGAAAGAUUUUUUAUUCGUAGCUA